AGCUGUCGGUUUUAUUGCGAAGGUUUCGCCGGAAGUUUGAGUUUUUAUCGACGCCGUCUUGACGCUGUUCACACAGGCAGGGGAUUCGCUGUCAAGAGGGUGGAUGCCCAGAGAUGGAAAUGACCUAGAGGCCUUACAGAUACAUUUGUGCUUUUGUCGCUCUGAUCUGCAUCCGCGGAGAGCAGCGAGAUCUGGAAGCACACUUGUUUCCCCGUCUGAAGCUGGAAACGGAGACUCUGAAGGUGUGACUGUGCUGCGUCUGAGCUGGACCUGACGUAUCUGCAGCAGGGCUGCAUGUAGGCAUUUCACUUAGCCUGCCAGUCUUUUUGACGCCUUCCCAUCUCUGACCUCGCCCAAUUCUGUGCUGCCUCUCUGCAAGGCACACUGAGAUGAGCCUCUGGCAGGUGGAGGCGGAGUAACUUUGAACAGUUUCAGGUCCUCGUUUUUGUAAAAGAGGACACUUUUGCGGGUUGGAAACAAAAAAAACCGUAAAAACAGCGGCUCCCGGUGCUGUUGCACCACAUAUGUAUUGUUGUAGUGCGCUGGAAAGUAAAAUGGACUACAAGCGUCGCUUUUUGCUCGGCGGGUCCAAGCAGAAAGUGCAACAGCACCAGCAGUACCAGAUGCCUGAGUUGAGCCGGACCCUGAGCGCCUCCCUGGCCUCCUCUUGCUCGGCCUCUGUGCCCAUGGGCACCGGGGUGGGCAUGCCCGGCAGCUGCCACGCACCACCCUCCGGCGCCGCCACCACCGCCGUCGCAGACAUCCAGCAAGGCAUCUCCAAGUAUUUGGACGCCCUCAACGUGUUCUGCCGGGCCAGCGCCUUCCUCACAGACCUGUUCAGCAGUGUGUUCAGGAACUCUCACUAUUCCAAAGCAGCUAUGCAACUGAAGGACGUGCAGGAACACGUCAUGGAGGCGGCCAGCAGGCUGACUGCAGCAAUAAAGCCUGAAAUCGCCAAGAUGCUGAUGGAGCUGAGCGCCGGGGCCGCCAACUUCAAAGACCAGAACGACUUCAGCCUGCAGGAUGUCGAGGUGCUGGGUCGGUGCUUCCUCACGGUGAUGCAGGUCCAUUUCCAGUUUCUGUCGCAGGCUCUGCAGAAGGUCCAGCCCGUGGCCCAGUCCUGCCUGGCCGAGGCUCUUGCCCAGGCCCAGGAGCGCUGCGCCAACGCCCGCUCCCAGAGCUCUGACCUCGGCUGCCUCACUGAGCUGGAGGAAGCCUCCCGCUCAUGGAAAGGUGCAGCUCAGGCCAUGGCGAGGCUGAGAGAGAGGGGCCGGGACGGCUGCCUGGCAGGCAUCCAGGUUCAGCAGCUCUUCUGCUCCAACAACCCCACCAUCCCUGACCACCAGCUGAAGGAGCUCAACAUGAAGAUAGACAAUUCUUUACAGGCAUACAAAGCAGCACUAGAGAGCCUCGGCCACAGUGAGUACGCACUGAAGGCCGGCUUUCAUCUUAACCCCAAAGCUGUGGAGGCCGCCUUGCAGAGCUGCUGCAGUGAGGCGGAGGCCCAGCAGGCGGGCAGGAUGCAGACCACCUCCCAGCCCAUCCAGUGCGAGCUGCCCACCAUCCCUGUCCAGAUCGGCUCACAUUUCCUCAAAGGAGUGUCCUUCAACGAGUCAGCGGCUGAAAACCUCAAACUGAAAACGCACACCAUGCUGCAGCUCAUUAAGGAGGCGCUGGGCCAGAACGGAGUGACCCCCAGAGACGAUUCUCCCGUCACUGAGGUCCUCAACCAAGUCUGCCCGUCCAGCUGGAGAGGAGCCUGCAAGACCGCGGUCCAGCUGCUGUUUGCCCAGGCUGGUCUGGUUGUUGUUGAUACUGCUCAGAUUGAGAACAAGGAGGCCUAUGCUCCCCAGAUCACUCUUGACGGUUCCAAAGUGGUGGUGCAGGUUCCCUCUACAUGGUGUCUGAAGGAGGACCCAGCCACUAUGUCCUUGCUCCAGCGGAGCUUAGAUCCGGAGAAGACACUCGGCCUGGUGGACGUGCUGUACACUGCAGUGUUUGACAUCAACAAGUGGAAGGAGAGAAAAGAACAAGCCCUGCCCACGAUUCAGAUGCAGCUGCAGCGGGAAAUCCCUGAUUAUGGCGGCCGGGCCGACCUGCCUCCAGGCGCCGGCUCAAAGACCUCCAGCGGUUUGCCCAAAACAAUAUCCAAGCUGACUUCCAAGUUCGCAAAGAAGGUCUCAUCCAGCUCCAAUAGCGGGGGCAGCUACUCCAUCCCGAGCACCCCGUCUCGCAGCAGGCUGUCAACCGGUAGCUCCGAGGAGAAGACCAAGAGCCUGGGCCACAGUGACGGGAGGCUACAGAGCCUCCUGCAGAUGAGCAGCCUGUCCGACUCCUCCCCGCAAAGCCAGCUGGCCAACGGUUUAGUGUCCGACGACCAGGGGAUGAACUUGCCAACUGACCAGGAGAUGCAGGACGUCAUCGACUUUCUCUCAGGAUUCAACAUGGGGAAAUCCCAGCAGGCCUCGCCUCUGGUCAAAAGGAGGAACUCUGUGGCGUCUGCGAACCCCGCUGAGCUGAAGCCGCCGAGUGGGCCGCCGCCAACUUCCCAAUCUGUCUCACACAGCGCCCUGCAGCCCCAAGCUCAGACCCUGUCCCAGCCUCCGUCAUCAGUGCAGAAACAGCAGCCUCAACCACAGCCACCUCCGCAGCAGCAGCAGCAGCAACAACAACAACAACAACAACAGCAGCAGCAGCAGCAGCAGCAGCCUGCUCCUCCACCUCAACAGCCCUCCCCCCAGGCCCUGCAGUACUACCAGCACCUCCUGCAGCCCAUCAGUCAGCAGCAGCCUCCUCCUCAACUUCCUCCUCAGCAGACCCCACCGCAGGUCCUGUCACAGCAAAGAGUGGCAAGCAAGUGGCUUGUCAGCUCCGGGCAACAGUCCGCACCGCAAGGUCCCCCAGCAGGGCUGUCCCCCCUGGGCCCAAUCGGUCAGUGGGGCUCUCCUGGACUGCCGGAUCUGAGCUCAGAUCUGUACAGUCUGGGCCUGGUCAGCACCUACAUGGACAGUGUCAUGUCAGAGAUGCUGGGUCAGAAGCCACAGGGGCCCCGUAACAACACUUGGCCCAACAGGGACCAGAGUGAAGGAGGUUUUGGAGUCCUGGGAGACACGCUGCCCUUUGACCCUGCAGUCGGCUCCGACCCGGAGUUUGCGCGCUACGUCGCCGGCGUCAGCCAGGCCAUGCAGCAGAAACGGCAGGUGCAGCACAUCCGUCGCCCUAGCAACACGCGCAGCAACUGGCCAAUGCCUGAAGAAGCACACAGGACCUGGUCCCACCCAGAGUACUACAGUGAGGGGGAGGCCGUGAACAGCAGCUGGACAGCCAAUCAGGGGGACUCGGCCAGCUCCAGCGAUGAGACGUCUUCAGCCAACGGUGACAGCCUGUUCUCCAUGUUUUCGGGUCCGGAUCUUGUAGCAGCGGUUAAACAAAGGAGAAAACACAGCUGUGGCGAGCCGGAGGUGUGCACCCUGCCCUCACCACCACUCCAUCACAUCAUCGAUGAUAACCAGGACAGCAAGACUAAAACCUGGCCUCCCAAAGCGCCGUGGCAGCACUCCACCCACCACAACACCAUGCCCAAUCCCAGCUCUUCCUUGUACCAGAUGAACAUCCCUCCAUCCUCUCAGUGGAGCGACUCCAUGCAGAUGCUGCAGUCUCCCGUGUGGUCCACUGCCAGCGACUGCUCCCCCUCUGCCGGCAUCUCCUCUGGUUUUCCUUUCACCCAGCAGCAGCAACAACAACAACAACAACAGCAGCAGCAGCAGCAACACAAACCCAUGACCAAGGGCUUUAAAUCGUUCCCCCUUAAACAUGAGCACAGGCCCUCCUACCUUCACCAGUACUGAUGAGUCUAGUCUACCGAGUCGGCGGCGAAGUGCCACCGAGGGGCGUGUAGCUGUCAGAUCAGCCACUGAGUGGGCCAAGCUGCAGCCAUUUACAGUCCACACCCAGUGAAUUGGAAGAUUUCAAAGCCUUAGAGGCAAGUAUACACACUGGCGCAACAUUUUUGUAUCUAUAUUUUUCCAUGUCAAACAUCCCCAUUUGGAAGAAAAAAAAGCAGACGUAUUUUGAAGUUUUUCAAACUGCCGUGUUUUAACUGCGACAGGUGCAUGCGUCACGCUGGCAGCAGUUAGUCUAGUGGUCGUCUCCUCAGACGAGAGCCGGGGACGCGCACGGCCGCCUCCCACUUGCUUCUGCAGCUAAACGCGUGUGUGUGAGUGUGAGUGAGUGGAGUACAAGGGCGAAAUGCUCUCAUUGUGCCCAUAAUAAACAUACUGUGUCUACAUAGCUGUGACUGCCAAAUCUCACCCAGGAUGAAUCAGAGUACAGCUACCAUCUACUGUUUCAUAGCUUGUAAAAUACUGAAGUUGAAAUAUAAAUAUUUAGUUCUUUUUAUUAAGAGGCUUUGAGCAGGCUCAGCAUAAAUAUAGUAAGUCACUGCAAAGGUGUAAUUUGAGAGAAAUACACUACUUUUUCAACAACUGACCAGAGUUCUGAAUUAUAGCAGUAACUAUGUGCCAUGUUGGUAUCGAUAGCACUUGCAGAAUAUUCCCAACCAAAGCGUUGUUCAGAAGAUGAAUGGUGCAGAAGAGAUAAGAGGUCAUGUGAGACUAUUGAUAGACGGUGAAGUUACACACCCCAUUGAAAGAAUUUGGGAACGUCUUCACAUCCAGAAGCGCAAUCAUUUCCUCCUCUCUGAUUGGCAGUUGUUUGCUCCAGAUUGACACUAACUCCCGUAAACCUUUUUUUGUUUUGUUUAAUACAAUAUUUUUCUUGUACAAUUGACAGUAUUAAUCUUAUUUUUGUAUUUUCUUACAUGUUAUACCAUUACUGUAUGUUAGUAUUCUAGUAGGCAUAUUACAUAAAACAUUAUUUUCCACCUCCCAAUAUGUGAAAAAGCACAUUUCUUUCCUACAGAGCCGAACGACACCAUCUAAAGGUUACCAAAUAUGCCAUGCUAAACACUAAAACAUUGUGUGAUCAGGGUGUUUUCGAGCCCUUGUUUCUUCGGUUUCUAUGGCAAUGGGCUGUAUUUAAAAGCUCAGAAUGUUAUCUUUUUGUGAUGUUUGCGGAUGCCAAUGUUGCCUGUAUUUAUGAAAUGACACGUUUUCAGAAAACUAACAUACUUAACAUGUUUACAGAGAAUUGUUUGCUGUAUAUACAUAUAAAUAUAUAUCUUUUUAUAGUUAAUGUGCUUUGCACAAUCAAGAUAUAGGGUUUGUUGCUUUUUGUCUGUGUUAUCUCCCUAACUGUUGCAGCCUUUUUUAAAGACAUCAUUACAGACCGUGGACUGUAACUGUUUCUUCUCGGCUGUGUCAAAUGGUUUACUAGUGGCUUCUUUAAAAUAAAAAAUAACACGUUGCCCUGAUAGAAGAUAUGAAGGGGGACUGCUUGGCUUAUGUUGCUUAUUGUUCUCUUGAGCUGGCAACUGAAACUUUCCAAGUGUACCAGCAAUGCAAAAAACGAAUAAAAAUAACUAGCAAUUUGAAA